AUGUCGGCGCACAAUUUCGUGGUGCGUGAUUACCCGCUGCUUGAGGGCAUCGCCGGCGGGAAGUCUGUCAGCUCGAGCACGUUCAAUGUCGGCGGCUACGCAUGGACGAUCCGGUUUUACCCCGAUGGGCAGCAGAAAGACAAAUCUAGCGAGGCCUCCUGUUAUCUGUAUUGCGCCAGCCAAGCGAAUAACGUGAGGGCGCGCUUCUCCUUGGACGUGGUGGAGAAAUUAGACGGCAUACAAGUUACAACCUCCGAUUCCGACGAGCAUACAUUCUGUGCACCACACUACAGUUGGGGGUACCAGAGAUAUGUCCAGAAAUCGACACUUAGAGCUCUGUCGGACGCCAACAAUGGUCGUUUCACGAUAAGAUGCGUUCUCCAGGUCAUACAUGAAACUCGAACGGUGCGCAACAGGAGACCUGUCGAGGUGCCGCCGCCGAGCCUGCGAGAGAGCCUCGAGCACAUGCUCAAGGAUGAAGAAGGUGCAGAUGUGACAUUCAGUGUGCACGACCAGCUGUUCAGAGCCCAUAGAUGCAUGUUGGCCGCACGUUCUCUGGUUUUCAAGGCGGAACUCUUUGGACCGAUGAAGGAAAGCAAGACAGAGCACAUCAAGGUCGAUGACAUGGAGCCCCAGGUCUUUGAGGCGCUUCUCCACUUCAUGUACACGGAUGCUAUGCCAGAUGACGAUGAAGACGAAGGCAAAAUUGUAAGGUUACAACACUUGCUAGUUGCCACAGACAGGUACGGAGUAGACAGGUUGAAGAUCCUGUGUGAAGACAAGCUCCAUGAGGGCAUCGAUGUCGAUAUGGUUGCCACCACGUUGCUUCUGGCAGAGCAGCAUCACUGCAAGGAUCUUAAGGAAGCUUGCAUUCAGUUUAUUAGUUCACCACGGGACAAACUAUCUGCUGCCAUGGCAACUGAUGGAUUCAAGCAACUCGUAGCUAGUUGUCCUUUGCUCAUGGAGGAUAUACUGAAGGGGGUGUCGUGCACCUAG